AUGUCCUCCGAGACCACCACACUCAUUAAAUUUCCUGCCGACCAACACCUCACUGGCGCCGAAAGCUGGGCGACGUGGGAGUUCCGCCAGCGCGCCGUUUUCGAGCUAUACGGCCUUCUCGACCUCGUCGAAGGCAAGGACAAACUUGCCGACGACGCCAAGACCGCAGAAAUCACUGCGUGGACCCUCCGCGACCGUCAAGCCCGUCUGCAAAUCACCUUCAACAUCGGCACGGGCCCGAUCGAAGCUGCUCUCGGCUGCAAGACCGCACACGAAGUUUGGUCGCGCCUCGAGGAUCGUUACCGCGGCAAAGGCUUCCAGCGCGCCGCACACCUCAUCACCGAAAUUUUCCGCGGCGAGCUUGUCGCGGAAGAACCACUCGAGCCGCAGCUCAACGCGCUCUCGUCGAAGGCGCGCAUGGUCCGCGCUCUCGGUUUCGACCUCAACGACAACCUCCUCGCCAUCGCCAUCACCCUCGCCCUCCCCUCGUCCCUCGAGACACUUCGGACUGUGCUUCAGGCUCAGGACAAGCUCGCCUCCGAGGAUGUCGUCGCGAAGAUCCUGCAGGCUGAGGCCUCGCGCAAUGCUCUUCCCGACUCGGCCUUCAAGGCCAAUCUCCCUCGCAACUCCUCCAAGAGGAAGUGCGAUUUCUGCAAGAAGUCGGGUCACUCGCUCGCCACUUGCUUCAAGGCUCGCAAGAAGCUCGGUCUCUCCGAGAUCGACUCUUCCGCCGACGAUGCCGCCCCCUCCUCGUCGACUUCUUCUCAGAAGGCAUCCGGUGCCGACGAAAAGAAGGAUGAUGGGAACACUCACGCCAAAGUCGCGCGUGAACCUUACCGCCUUUUCUAA